GAUCAUGACUGCUGCCUAAAGUAUAUAGACAGAGUUUGGCCCGGGGCAAGUUUCAUUUGCAGUGUGAACAUGGAAGCACCUCGCCAAGUACAACAGCAACUUCCUGCUCGAGGAAGAGGAGGAAGAAGAAGAGGAAGAGGAGGAGUGAGAAUGCGUGGAGGAAUAGGGGGAAGAGGCCGAGGAGCACGGAGGCACCAUGAUGUCCCAGAUGAAAUCCGGGCCACCCUUAUUGACCACGUUAUAAACCAUAGCCUCACAAUGGCAGAGGCAGGUCGCCGAGUGCAGCCUAAUGUGGCUCGGUCUACAGUCUCCUGCAUCAUCCAAACCUUUCGCAGGGAAAACAGGAUUGGACGACGGCCUCAAGUGGGUGGCAGAAGAAAACUUCUAAAUGAACAACAAGAACGAGAAAUAUGCAACAUGGUCAUUGCAAAUAAUGCCAUCACACUGAGACAGAUUCCUAAUGCAAUCCUGCUAGACAAUGUAAUGUUCCAAAAUAUGAACUCUAUCAGCAUCUCCACAAUAGACCGGGUAUUGAAGAAACAUCAGAUGACCAUGAAACAGAUUUACAGGGUACCAUUUGAGAGAAACUCUGACAGAGUGAAAGGGCUGCGGUACCAGUAUGUGCAUGUAAGUCAACUACUGGUUGUCUAUCAUUGUAACACUAUUACAGUAAGACAUGGUUACCACUGUUUUCUUGUUUUGCGGUAUCCUUUUCACCUUCAGAAUGCAGCUUUGUGUGACUAGAGCAUUUUGCCUAGAAAUUGUCGUCAGUUUCCCACUCCCUGUUUGUACAGUAAUUUAGAUCCUCCCUGCAGUAUCUGUCUCUACUUGACUGAUUAUAUUUAUUUCUAUUCUAUUGUAGAGAAUAAUGGCAUUAGAGGGCAAUGACACCCCUCACAUCCUAGUGUUUGUUGAUGAAGCUGGCUUCAACCUGGCCAAAGGUCGAAGGCGUGACCGUAACAUCAUUGGCCACCGAGCCACUGUGGAUGUCCCAGGCCAGCGAGGAGCAAAUAUAACAAUGUGUGCCGCUAUAUCAGAAAGAGGUGUGGCCACGCACAUUCCCAGUUUAGGGCCCUACAAUACACAAAAGCUCCUCAAUUUUUUGGACCACCUUUAUACUGAUCUGAUCCCAGAAAAUGAGAGAGGUGUAGAAGGACCUCAGCGACCACAUUAUGUCAUUGUGUGGGAUAAUGUGAACUUCCACCGCGGCCCACGCAUCAGAACCUGGUUCACCACCCAUCCCCGGAUGCUAAUGGAGUU